AUUUCCAUGAGAAAAAAUGAGCAGCACCAAAAACAACAUGUCAAAGAUCCAGAAAAAAGUCAAGUCAAAACAAUUGAUGAUAGGAGCGGAAAACAAGGAAAUUGAGUUUUCUAAUGAGCCACAAAAUAUUUUAGCAAUUUUGAAUUAUGGACUGCUUAAUGGAAUUAAAACAGAGAUACUUAUUGAUAGAGUUAAUGAGAUAACCAGUCUUUUGGAUCUAAUUCUUCCAAACAAAUCGUAUUGUUUCCUCAAAUUUCAAUCAUGUGACGAAGCAGCAAAAGUCUUAACUGAAUUGAAUGGAAUCAAAUUGUGGACUGAUGGAUAUCCUGUACUAAUGAGCUUCUGUAAGAGUAUCCCAAAAUAUCAAGACUAUUUAAAUGAGGAACCAUCUGGAUUAAUAAUACUACUUGACUUUGUGACUGAUGAAAUUGAAAAGAAACUGAUCGCAUUGCUAAAAUGGGAUGAGUGUAAAAUGAAAAAUCGUCAAGUUCAACAUUUUGGAUAUGAAUUUAUUUAUGGACAAAACACUGUUGAUUAUAGAAAACCUCUUGAGAGAAAAUUGCCACCAGAAUGUGAUGAAUUAUGGACAAUAUUCGAUACGAAAUGUCCAAAAUUCAAAGGAUUUCGUCCUGAUCAAUUAACAGUGAAUAAGUACGAGAGAGGAAGUGGAAUUCCAGCACAUUGUGAUACGCAUAGCGUUUUUGAGGAUCCCAUUAUUUCACUAUCACUUUCCGCUUCAAUAGUCAUGGAAUUCAAAGAUCCAGUAAACGGAAAACAUUGCAGCAUACUCUUACCAAAAAAAUCCUUACUGAUUAUGUCAAGUGAAAGUCGCUACGGUUGGUUACAUGGAAUUACUCCUAAAAAUAGCGAUAUUGUUAAAACAAAACAUAAUCUAAUGACAGUACAGCAGCGAGAGCUAAGGUAUUCGUUUACAUUUAGAAAAUUAAGAAUACCUCCAUCGUGUGACUGCAAAUUUCCGUUACUUUGUGAUAUCCAAUCAAAGAUUGUUAAUGAACAAAAUAGUAACAAUGAUCAUGAAGUAGAUCAGAAAUUGGCUGCAAAAUUGGAACUAGAAAAUGUUCAUAAUGUCUAUAAUGAAAUUGGAAAUCACUUUAGUGAAACUAGACACUCUGCAUGGCCUAAUGUUGAAAAUUUCAUUAUGAGCUUAAUAGAAGGAAGUAUUUUAUUGGAUGCAGGAUGUGGAAAUGGAAAAUAUCUCAACAUAAAUGAUAAAAUAACUAAAUUAGGAUUUGAUCGUAGUUCAACGUUACUACAAGUAUGUAAUGAAAGGAACUUUCAAGUCUUUCAAUCAGACUGCCUACAAAUUCCAAUCAUUAAUGAUUCAAUUGAUGCGUGCAUUAGCAUCGCUGUAAUACAUCAUUUAGCUACACAUGAUCGAAGAGUUCAAGCAAUUAGGGAAAUGCUUCGUGUUUUGAGGAAGAAAGGUCAGGCAUUAAUUUACGUCUGGGCAAAAGAUCAACAGAAAGACAAUAAAAAGACGAGAUAUUUAUUGCAGCAUCAAAGCAAAGAUAUCGAAAAAGUUAAUAAAUUGCCUGAAAUGGCAAUCCUUAAUAUUGACGAAGAAAAAAUAGAACUGCCAAUUCAUAAAAAUCGGACACAAUUUAAAAGCUCUAACAUGCUUGUUCCUUGGAAGUUGAAGCAAAAAGAAAUUCCAGAAGAGCAACAUAAAAUUUUCCUUCGAUACUAUCACGUUUUUGAGGAUGGCGAGCUGGAAAAUUUAUGCAAGGAAUGUGGAAAUGUUGAAAUAGUCAGGUCUUAUUAUGAUCAGGGAAAUCAUUGUGUUAUUUUAAAGAAACUAUAA